AUGACUCCCUCGGUAGAAGAGUUGCUGCCCGUGGGCCCCUUCUGCCCCUACGCCUCGCCAAGGCUCAAGAAUCUCUGUGCGGACGAGCGUCACCGGACUCAGAUGGAGGACAUCGUCAUGCGCAUCGACCGCCUCGCGGAGGUAGAAGAUGCAACCUUGGCGGACCACCUCGCUCUCGGCCGCGAAAUCCGCGAUGCCGAUGCGGUCUGGCGGGGGAACCUCAUGCAGAUGAGGCACUCCGAGGAUUUUCAGACACAGGAGCUCUACCAUUUCACCGACGCACAUCUCCAGACUUUGGGGGUGAGCGUCGCAGAGGUCGAGAAGUUUGCGGCAUGGCAGGCCGAGGCCCUGGAGGCCAUGGGGCAGCGCCGGCCGCUGCCGGCGCCGCAGGCGCUGCCGGGUUCGGAGAAGGCCACCCACCUUCGCGGCUUGCUGGACUCCUUCCGCCUGGGCCGCACGCAGACGCUCUCGAUGGACCUCUCCCCACCGGAGGCCUUGGAGGAGUCCGUGGCAGACGAGGAGCUGGCGGCGCUGCAGCGGGAUCAUGCGGCCCUGAUUGCCAUGGGCCAAGACUACGGAAGCUUCGAUGCGGCAGGGAAGAAGAUCUUCAUCGAUCAGAUAGACCAGAUCGAGGAGCGAUGGCGUGUCUACCUCGGGCGGCUCCGGCUGAUGGGCGAAGCGGACCCGCCGUUCGUGCAGAGCAUUCGCCCGCUGCUUGAGCGCCUUGGGCUCAGAGCCGCCGAGGCGAACGCGGUCCUGAGGGAGGCCCACCGGCAGCUGCGCAGCAACGCCGAUGCCCGGAGCGGCUAG